AAACCAUAAAUAAGCAUGAGAAGCAAACGAGCACCCAAUGGAAUUAAAUGCAUCAAAGAAUUAAGCCAUGGGUCCUCUUGUGUUGCUUCAAUUCCUCUUAAUCCUGUUAUGGCCAGUGGUGGCAACAUCAAAGUUGCCCGUUGCAAAGUCCUAUUGCUUGGAUAAAUGUGGUAAUAUCACAGUUCCCUACCCCUUUGGCUUCGGAGCUAAAGAGUGUUACAAAGAUCAAAGCUUUCGGCUAACUUGCAACGAAAGUUACGGCCCUGUAAAACUGUUUGCAGGGAGCAUGGAAGUUCUAGAUAUUUCAUGGCAAGGACAGGUGCGUGUAUGGGUCAAUGUAAGCUAUGAUUGUUACAACAAGUCAGGCCAAAAUACUGUUUGGGAAUACUCUUCAAUGGAGAAGUAUACAGACACUUUCACGUUCUCUGAGACAGAGAACAAAUUCACGGUUCUGGGUUGCGACACCAAAGCUGAAAUCAACGUCAAAAGCCGUCAGUUCCAGAGUGGUUGUAGCAUGUUCUGCAACAAUAUAUCUGAUGUGAUCGAUGGAUCAUGUACAGGCAUCGGCUGUUGGCAGACUCCAAUUCCAAAGGGCUUCGGAGAGUACCUUAUAAGUAUCGACAGCUUUGCCAAUCACACUGAGAUCGUUGAUUUCAAUCCCUGUAGUUACGCUUUCCUCGUUGACAAAAACUGGUUCAACUUCACAGUCUCGGAUCUCUUGGAUUUCACUAAGAAAAUAGAACGAACAGGUUAUGUGCGAGUUCCAGUCGUGCUUGAUUGGGCCGUUGAUAAAAAAUCGUGUGAAGAAGCUAAGAAAGACCUCACUACUUACGCAUGCGGCAACAACAGUUUCUGUGUUGUCUCCAAGAACGGUGUUGGGUACAGCUGCAAUUGUUCCAAAGGUUACCAAGGUAACCCUUACCUUCCAAACGGAUGCGAAGACAUAGAUGAAUGUAUAGAUCCAUAUAAUAGUCCCUGCAAUUCGACCUGUAGCAAUCUGCCUGGAGAUUACAUAUGCUCUUGCCCACCUGGUUAUGAUGGAGACGGGAAAAAGAAUGGACUUGGAUGUAUUCCUCCUCACACUAACAAGCCAUUUCCAGUGAUUCACGUCACCGUAGGUACUGGCUUGGUCUCCUUAUUUCUACUUCUUGGUAUCUUAUUUGUGCUUUGGGCACUUCAAAAGAGAAAGGACAACAAACUCAAACAAAAAUUCUUCCAGCAAAAUGGAGGUUUCUUGUUAAAACAACAGAUAUCUUCCCAUGAAAGACCAGUUGAAGUUGCCAAAAUCUUUACAGUAGAAGAACUAAAGGAAGCAACUAACAACUAUGCUCAAAGCCAGAUUCUUGGUCGAGGAGGCUAUGGUACGGUUUACAAAGGAAUUCUACCUGAUCAUAGAACUGUUGCCAUUAAGAAAUCAAAAAAAGUUGAUGAAAGUCAGAUCGAGCAAUUCAUAAAUGAGGUGGUUAUUCUCUCCCAAAUUAACCAUAGAAAUGUGGUGAAGUUACUGGGUUGUUGCUUAGAGACUGAGGUUCCUAUAUUAGUAUAUGAAUUUGUUACAAACAAAACCUUAUUCCACCAUAUCCAUGGCGAGGGAUGCAAUUCUCUAAUUUCUUGGGAUAUUCGUCUAAGGAUAGCUGCUGAAACAUCAGAGGCGAUUGCUUAUUUGCAUUCGGCAGCUUCGCCACCUAUCAUUCACAGGGAUGUUAAGUCCGCAAAUAUACUAUUGGACGAUAAUUAUAUGGCAAAAGUGUCUGACUUUGGUGCAUCCAGGUUGGUUCCUUUAGACCAAACUCAAAUUAGUACACUAGUGCAAGGAACAUUGGGGUACUUAGACCCAGAGUACCUUCAAUCAAGUCAACUCACCGAAAAAAGUGAUGUUUAUAGUUUUGGCGUAGUACUUGUGGAGCUAUUAACGGGAAAGAAGGCACUUUACUACAAUGGGCCAGGUAGAGAUACAAAUCUAGCCAUGCUUUUUGUCACUAAAAUCAAAGAGGGUAUGGUUUGGGAUAUUAUAGAUGAUCGGAUACUGACUGAAGGAUGUAAAGAGAAACUCCCCACAGUCUUAGAACUAGCUGAAAGAUGUUUAAGACUAAAAGGGGAAGAAAGGCCUACAAUGAAGGAAGUGGCAAUGGAGUUACAAGGGUUGAGGAGGGAUCAAACUUGUGUUAUGCAAAACCUUAGGAAGGUGGAAUAUGUGCUUGUUGAACCAUUAGCCUUGCAUAGUCACAACACUAUUGGGUACAACAGUUUGACUAAUGAAGCACUAGAAUCUUUAGAUGGUGGGCGAUGAUUGUAGCUAUCAAAUUUCAUUGUAAUCUUCCUUCUUUAAUUUCUCUCCAAUUCUGGUGUUGUUG